AUGGCAAAGCGGAAGGGACCUGCCAGCGGUGGUGGAGCUGCGGCUGCUCCAAAAAAAGCGUCAAAGAAGGGUGCGCAGGUUCCCAGUGUUCCCCCAGAUGCUUUGGUGAUGCCGCACAUCCGGCUUUAUGAUGCCUGGGCGACCUACAGCACAGAUGCGGACCUGGCCACUGAAGGUGCAUCGCUUCACCUGCGGCCGUAUCAUCUUCCGCAUAGAGAAGUUCAACACGGACUGGCCCAGGUCGUCCUUUUGAACGGAUUCCAGACAAACCCAAACGUCCCAGGAACGGAAAAGGUGGUUGGAUGCACAGUGCAACGACCGUGGCUGCGCUGCGGCCCAACACAUGUGAAUGUUGCUGAUGUCAGUGGGGCGCCGAUGGCAUCACUGGGUCAAUUGUUUGUAGUGAAAGGAUGGAACAGAUCCGUGGUUUGCUUGGGCGUUUUGUGGGCCUGCUACACAACACCGGAGUUGCUGAAGGAGGGGAGUGGCGUUGAGCAGUACCUUGCGGCGCAAGCCGAAUGCCUUCAAUUUGCUGCAUCAGCUCCAAUUUUUGGCUCGGUCUGGCAUUUCGCAGGACUUGACUGUCAAGCAAACGAAUCGGUGUCAUCGUUUGCCCAAGCCUACUGCCUGGGUGAGAAGGAAUCAGCUGCAGCUAUCAACCUUCUGCAAAACAUUCCUGCAGCAAUCAAGGAAUCCCUCACGGAAUUGGUUCGGUUUGAAAUGCGACACGCUGAUGCAGACGUGCUGCAAUUGUUGGAGACCACAGUACCUCCAGCGGAUGUGUCGAAGAUUUCCAUCUUUGCUCAGCACUUGGCAAAAUACCAGAAGGAGGUGGAAGCACAGUCCAACCGGAAAGCUGAGCAGCGUCUCGUCCUGACCACAAUUGCAUCCUUGGACUGGAAGUACAUCAAUGACCGAUACCACAAGGGCCGCACGGCCGUGGAGGCCUUGAUGAAGGACAAGCACGCGUUCAUGCGAGCUUCAUCCUUGGUGCUGGCACACUCUACCAUUGUGCAAAAGCAGGGAGCGCUCAGCAUGGAUGAAUCGGUCACUUUGGCCCAGGGGGUGGCUUCAGGCAACAAUGGCACGUUGAGCUUCUGGCUGUUACCGCAAUGGCACAGCAGCACGGGAAAGGCUAGCACAUUGAAAAACCGAAGGUUGUUGGAAGACAAAGUCUUGGGGAAUUUAGAUUCAUACGAGAUCAGCUUGAAUUUCUUGGACUCCCCGCACCAGGGCUUGGCUGCCGUGUCUGGGGGUCACACGGCCAUUGCCUUCGCGAAGAGCAAGGCUCUCCUUGGAACGAUUUCCGGGGUGGAAAGGGCAAGGGUCACAGACCUGCAAAACCCGGAACCGGAGAAAGCCUUGGCGCCCCAUUUCCGGGUCCAACAGCGGGGCAUCAGCGCAACCAAAGAUGUGGUGCUCAAAUUGCUCGAAGGCAUGAACGAGUCGGACAACCAGCCAGUGCUCAUCGUUGACAUGGUCCCCUCAAGGUUCUCUGAAUGGUCGCAAGCUGUUUGGGAGCUUCAACGAGCUCAGUUGAUGGACGAGGAAGGGGCCAGGAAAUUUGACUUCCACUAUCUGGGGAUCUACCAUGAGACGGAUGGUCACAUG